AUGUCUGCCUCCUGUUCGGCGUUGAGACGGCUGACCCACAGGUCUCCCCGCACUUUGCAGUCCCGCAUUUCCUCCGUCUCCAGACUCUCGCCGUCUUUCGCUCGCACCUCUCUCUCCUCCAUCAAUUCUGCCGCCCCUCGUGUCUCGCGCUUUUCGACCAUGGCUCCUCUUCAAAGCGGUGCUCCCGUCCCUCCGGCGGCCGACAAGGCCUACGAUCCGGAGAUCAAGGACAUGGCCGAUUAUAUCCACAACUACAACGUGAACUCCGAUCUGGCCUUCGACACUGCUCGUCUGGUCUUCCUCGAUACCCUGGGCUGCGGUCUGGAGGCCCUCAAGUUCAAGGAGUGCGCCAAGCUCCUCGGUCCCGUGGUGGAGGGCACCGUCGUGCCCAACGGAACCCGCGUGCCGGGUACCCCGUACCAGCUCGACCCCGUCAAUGGCGCCUUCAACAUUGGUGCCAUGAUCCGCUGGCUCGACUACAAUGACUGCUGGCUGGCCGCCGAAUGGGGUCAUCCCUCCGACAACCUGGGUGGUAUCCUCGCCGUGGCCGACUGGAUCACCCGCACCAACCGCGCCGGAGGAAACAUCGCCGGCGGCAAGAUCUUCACCGUCAAGGACGUCCUCGAGGCCAUGAUCAAGGCCCAUGAGAUUCAGGGUGUUCUCGCGCUCGAGAACUCCUUCAACAAGGUCGGUCUUGACCACGUCGUCCUGGUCAAGGUCGCCACCACCGCCGUCGUCUCCAAGAUGCUCGGCCUCACCGAGAAGCAGACCGCCGAUGCCAUCACCCAGGCCUGGGUGGACGGCCAGAGCCUGCGCACCUACCGUCACUCCCCCAACACCAUGUCCCGCAAGUCGUGGGCCGCCGGUGACGCCUGCCAGCGCGCCGUCAACCUCGUCCUCAAGGUGCAGAAGGGUGAGGGUGGUCUCCACACCGUCCUCUCCGCUCCCGUCUGGGGCUUCUACGAUGUGCUCUUCAAGGGCAAGAAGUUCCAGUUCCAGCGUCCCUAUGGCAGCUACGUCAUGGAGAACGUCCUCUUCAAGGUUUCCUACCCUGCCGAGUUCCACUCCCAGACCGCCAUUGAGGCCGCCCAGAUCAUCAACAAGAAGCUCGCCGCCAUGGGCAAGUCCGCCAAGGACAUCAAGGAGAUCACCAACCGCACGCACGAGGCCUGCAUCCGCAUCAUCGACAAGCAGUUCAAGGCCAUGGACAACUUUGCGGACCGUGACCACUGCGUCCAGUACAUGGUCGCCACCAUGCUGGCCUUCAACCGCCUGACCGCCGCCGACUACGCUGAUGGCUCCGAAGCCGCCACCUCUCCUCUGGUCGAAGACCUGCGCAAGCGCAUCUCCUGCGUGGAGGACCCCCAGUACACCAAGGACUACCAUGACCCCAGCAAGCGCACCAUCCCCAACGCCCUCACCGUCACCCUCAACGACGGCACCGUGCUGGAGGAGGUCGCCGUCGAGGCCCCGCUCGGCCACCGUCUCCGUCGCGAGGAGGCUAAGCCCGAGAUCCUCGCCAAGUACAAGCGUCACCUCGAGGCGCACUUCGACCAGGCACGGAUUGACCAGCUGGUUAACCUCGGCUGGGACCGUGCUGCCCUUGAGGCCACGGAGAUCGACAAGUACGUCGACCUGUACGUGAAGGAUAAGAUGGUUGCUGCCGCCUAG